UAUGUUUCUCUGAGCCUCGGCAAUCAUCAGCUCCUUCCCCAACUCCUCUCCUCCUCCGCGGCCAAUGGCGUCAUGGCACUUUGUCACUUCAUCUCUCCUCAGCGACAUCUUAUUACCUCGCAUCUUACUCCCGAUCCCGUUGUCCCAUACGUUGACAGGACUCGUUGAUAACUACCCUGUCUUUCACUUCGACGCAACGACCAUCGUGCAGAUCCACAUUUACGAUCAAACGCUAUCACAAUGGCCGACAGAAACUCUAACUCAAACGACACCCAAUACUACGAGCCGGAUCCUAAUUCCUUCGUCGAAUACCAGCGCAACAUCUACGCCAGCCUGCGCAAGCCGAGGUUCUCCACCAAGCCAUUAGAAUGGGAGGCCCAGGCGCGGAAUGCCAUGCCGCUGCCCAACUUUAUGUACAUCAAUGGAUCGGCCGGAAGCGAAUCAACCUGUAAAGCCAAUGUCUCAGCCUUUGAACGCUACCGGCUGCGUCCGUGGAUGCUGGUUCAGGCUACGCGGAGAGACCUAUCCGUGGAGCUCUUUGGACGCCGAUAUAAAAGCCCGCUGCUUGUGGCUCCAAUUGGCGUGCAAGAAAUCGCUCAUCAAGAGGCUGAAGAGGCGACUGCGCGGGCGUGCGCCGCUGCCAAUGUUCCCAUGAUCCUGUCUACGGCAGCGACAAGAUCCAUUGAGCAAGUGGCAAACGCUAACGGCGAAGGGGACCGAUGGUUUCAGUUGUACUGGCCCAAGCCUCAAGCCGAUGAAUUCACCGCGAGCCUGCUGAGUCGUGCCAAAGCGAGUGGCUACCAGGUUUUGGUAGUCACGCUCGACACAUUCACACUCGGGUGGAGGCCCAGCGAUCUCGACGAAUCAUAUCUGCCUUUCAUCUACGGGCAAGGCUGCCAGGUGGGCUUUUCGGAUCCUGUUUUCCAGCGCAUGUACGAGAAGAUGCAAGCGGAGGACACUCGCAGCGCAACCGAGAGGCUUGGAGAGAUAUGGGAGAUUCUCAAACGCCCUGGAAGCAUUACCGGAACCGCCAAAGUCCUCACGAAUGCUGCGACAAUGAAGAAAGCACAGCUCUUUAUCAGCCUUAUUUCGUCCGGGACUUACCGCCACUGGGACGAUCUCCACACCCUCAAGAAAUACUGGGAUGGCCCUGUUGUGCUCAAGGGCAUUCAGACUGUCGAAGACGCGCAUAAGGCUAUCGAUUAUGGAAUGGACGGCAUCAUCGUUUCCAACCAUGGCGGCCGACAGCUCGAUGGCGCCAUCUCUUCUCUUGACGCUUUGGCUGAGAUUGGCGCCGAUGAGAAGGUCAAGGGUUCGGGUUUGACCGUCCUAUUUGACAGUGGCGUGCGCACAGGAUCAGAUGUCCUGAAAGCCAUCGCCCUAGGUGCAAAGGCUGUAUUGGUUGGCCGGCCGUAUGUCUAUGGGCUUGCCAUGGGAGGCGAGGCUGGCGUCAAGCACGUCCUGGAUUGCCUGCUGGCAGAUACGGACAACUCUUUGGCGAACUUAGGAAAGACGUCCUUGACAGAGCUGACCCGAGACGAUCUGAGAAUAAAUCAACAACCAGCGAAGUUGUAGCUCGAGCGUCUGACGCAGGCAAAUCUUCGAUACACGUUCAUCGGCGAUGAAAGAGAAGCAACUAUCAUCUGCUUUACUCUGCAGCGACCUUGUACCACCAGAUUCCGCAUCACGUCCGGGGUGGCUCUCGAGGACGAAUAAGAAGACGGGAAAUCUCGUUGCUUUUCUCGCGUCACGAAGCGCAACCUUUCGUCUGCGCCUCUCGAACCAUUUCUGCGGUAUAACUGAGUCGGGCACUACGUGUUCGAAAUUACCUUCGCGAGAUUAAAGCUCGUCUUCAUAGAACAAGCGAAAGAAUUACUGUACCAUCUUGCCGUUCUGCCGAUAUACUGUUCUAUCGCGUGUGUUGCCGGUACCUUGGAUCCACCAUCAAUUCGGAAAUCCCGUUUGGGCAUGAUGCGACCCAUCCCCUCGGAUACCCUAAGGAAGAUCUG